GGAAAUUUCGAAGCUCUAGCCGCACAAGACGUUCCACUGCGCUGUCAAAGCAUAACGGCAUUAGUUGGGUUUGUCACCCGGACUUGUCUUCCGACGCCCAUCAAAUACAAACGGCCAACGUUCCGUGAAACGCUGAGCCAAGAACCCGCACGUUCCAAUGAAACUGUCAGUGGUGCCUCUCGUUCUCUCAUUUGCCUGCGCUGCGGGCAGUGUGAUAGUCCAGACUAGCGAGGGUCGCCUUCGAGGUCGGAACACGACAAUACUCGAUAAAGAAAUCCAAGAGUUUCUGGGCAUUCCGUACGCUAAGCCACCUGUGGGGAAUCUGCGCUUCAAUAAACCUCAGGCACCCGAGCCGUGGCAAGGAGUAUACGACGCAACACGCGCCAAGGAUUCCUGCGUGCAACCCACGUUUGCAGACGUUUUUGACAUACCGACGGCGCUUUCCGAGGAUUGCCUCUACCUGAACGUUUGGACCCCAUUGGCUUCAGCACGGCAGGGAUUACCCGUUCUAGUCUGGCUUCACGGUGGCAUGUUUAAGGUGGGGUCGGCCUACGAAGCACGGUAUAACGGCUCUGCCUUGGCAGCGCUCAAUGAGGUCGUGGUCGUCUCUUGCAACUUUCGCCAAUUUAUACUGGGCUUCCUGGAUUUCAACCACACAACGACUCCCGGUAACUUGGCGCUGUGGGACCAACUGGCCGUCUUGCAGUGGGUGCAGCGAAACAUACGAUCGUUCGGAGGAGACCCGGGUAGGGUCACGGUCUUCGGUGAGAGCUCCGGUGCCAUGUUGCUUCAUGGCCACGUUUUGUCACCGCACAGUCGCGGGCUUUUCCACAGGGUCUUCCUGAUGAGUGGUGCUAUGAGCACCGACUCAUGCAUGUACUCCGCGUCCGAGAGCAUCGCUGCAGUCAACAGCAUCUCGAAGGCCGUCGGCUGCGGCUCGUACGAUGGAGCAACCGAUCCUGACGAAGUGCUCCAUUGCCUCCGAAACAAACCCGCUCAAGAUCUUUGCGCAGUGAAAGCGGUGAAAUUGCUUCCUACAUUCGAGAACGAGUUCAUCCCGUGCCGACCUUCGCUUGCCAUGGAGGAAGGAUACUUCGAUCCCUACGAUGCGAUGAUCAGUGUCACGGCUAACGAGGGCGCUUUCAUUUUCAAUAUUCUCUCUGACAAGGAGGCUCUUAAAGACGACUUGAAUUCUUACGAGUGGGAAAGACUUAGAGUUUCUCUGCAAAGCCUUAUAGGUGUCUUUCUUAGAGGGAGAGUCUUUUCCGUUGCCAUGGACUACAUGAAGAAUGUUCACAUCAAAGACAAAGUUGCACUGAGGAAAAUGGUUGCGGACAUGCUGGGCAACCAGCUAUUCUACUGCCCGACAAGGGUCUUCGCAGAAAAGUAUUCAGCUACGGGCAAUAACGUAUAUGCUGUGGUUUUUGGGCAUCGUUCUGCGAAAUCACGGCUCCCGGAGUGGUUUGGUGCAACACAUCUGGAAGAGGUGCCAUUCGUGUUUGGCAUUCCGUUCUUGAACCGGGCCAACUACACUGACAAGGACAGGGAAUUCAGCGCGGACGCUAUGAAAAUGAUUGCAUCAUUCGCUCGAACUGGGAAGCCUACUUUACCUGACGGUAAGGAGUGGCCCAAGUUCACAUCUGAGCAUCCGGACUUCAUGUGGCUUCAAGCGGGCAAUUACACCAUCGCAGAAGAUUUCGCUUCAUCCGCCUGUGAUCUCUGGAAACAAUCACUCUGUAACUCUUGAAUGCAAGGACUACACCGCCGAAGACGCGGAGUAACAUCGCGAGGCAGAAACCAGAAACAGCAUGUGAAUUUGAGGCACUGAUGUUUCGGAAUAUCAUGUUUCCCUCUUUAAGAAAAACAUAGUCGGGGGGAAGGUUGCGGCUGCAUUAUCUUUGCGUGCUGUAUCGCUGCAUUUUAUAUUAACGCUGAAGGCUCCGCACACUAGUCGGUAGUGAACGCUGCGAAAAAUAACAGCAGUCGUACAAGAUGGUGGUGGUCGUGGUGUUGUUAUAAGCGGUUCUUGCCUGGCAGGCAAGGCCGUCAAUCUCUCAGUCUGUGGUGCCUCUUUCUGGAUAUACAGUUUGUCACCGCACGUCUGCGCUGUCAAAAGGUAACAGCAUUACUUGUGUUACUGUCCCGGACUUUUCUUACGACACCCAUCAAAUACAAAUCGGCAUCGUUUGGUGUAAGUAGUACUAAGUAC